AUGGGUAGCUUACUAUCCACGAAGAGAGCAUCUGACGAACUUCUUGAUAAAGAAAUAGCUAUACUUAAAGUCAGUAGUAAUUUAACUGAAGAAGAAAUACGAGAUAUAUAUGAUGACUUCAAACGCCAAUGUCCAUCGGGUAGGAUGGAUAAAAAUCAAUUCCUUAAGUGUUCUAAAGCAUUCAUGGAAUCAGAAGAUGAAAAGACUGAUGUACCCCAUGUGAUGUUUUCUGUGUUUGAUAAGAAUCGUGAUGGUACAAUCGAUUUCAGUGAAUUUGUGUUAAUUAUUGCCAUGGGAAAUAAAGAGGAUUUGGAUAGUAGACUCGAACUUGUGUUCGAAAUACUAGAUACGUCAAACGAUGGACGAAUUAGUUACGACGAGAUGAUGGACUUCUUGGAGAUAACUGUAAAACGACUAUUCUAUCAUAUAGAAAACAACGUUCGAUUUCAAUUUCAUCGUGGUGAACAGAUACAUACCAUUCUAAAUCGAGUUAAAUUCAAAGUUCAAAAAAAUGAAUUAGAUGAUCUACCUGAUGAAACUAUUAGAACAACAAGAAAAUCAAUUAUAUUUCGAAUUGAUGAAUUAUAA